CUUCUCAAAUAACUAAUCAUCAACAAGUGACGCCACUAGCACUGAGAUACAGUGCCUUAGACAGCUGCGCCACUCGGGAGCCCGACUGAUUGUGGAUACUUGUAGAUCUGUCAUUCGGGAGUCGCCCAAUUGUCGGCCGCAAUGUGGAAUACGUGCAUAAUAUUAAAGUCUGGUCCAAAACAGAAAAAGACGGAAAUCGUUACGACACUUUCCCAGCGGAUCAAUUGAGGCACGUCUGAGUUGAAAGGUUAAACGCAGUUGCGCUCUCGCGAGAUUUGUUGUUUGUUUUCACAACAGAACAUAUUUUUAUAUUUUACGAAACGUUUUUCUAAAAUAUCCAAGCGCUGCAUAGAAUGCUGGCUACAGGAGCAGCUGUAACCACGGCUCUUGGCCAAGUGGAUAGGGAAAAGAUCUACCAGUGGAUCAACGAGCUGUCCAGCCCAGAGACCCGCGAGAAUGCCCUGCUCGAGCUCAGUAAAAAACGGGAGUCCGUGCCAGAUUUGGCUCCAAUGCUAUGGCACUCCUGUGGGACUAUAGCUGCUCUCCUGCAGGAAAUUGUCAACAUCUACCCCUCAAUAAACCCCCCAACCCUCACCGCUCACCAAUCCAACAGAGUAUGCAACGCAUUAGCACUCCUGCAGUGCGUGGCCUCUCAUCCAGAGACAAGAUCGGCAUUUCUGGCAGCACACAUUCCUCUUUUCCUGUACCCCUUCUUACACACUGUCAGCAAAACACGACCAUUUGAGUACCUCCGACUCACCAGCCUAGGAGUCAUCGGUGCCUUGGUCAAAACAGAUGAGCAGGAAGUGAUCAACUUCCUGUUGACGACAGAAAUCAUUCCCCUGUGCCUUCGCAUAAUGGAGUCUGGCAGUGAGCUUUCCAAAACGGUAGCAACUUUUAUUCUACAGAAAAUACUACUUGAUGACACAGGGCUGGCAUACAUUUGCCAAACGUAUGAACGCUUCUCCCAUGUGGCCAUGAUACUUGGCAAAAUGGUUCUUCAGCUCUCCAAAGAGCCCUCCGCUCGUCUUUUGAAACAUGUUGUCCGCUGUUACCUACGCCUGUCAGACAACUCCAGCCCCCACACCAGAGCCCGAGAGGCCCUCCGUCAGUGUCUACCAGACCAGCUUAAAGACACCACGUUUGCCCAGGUCCUGAAGGACGACACCACCACCAAACGCUGGUUGGCACAGCUGGUGAAGAACCUACAGGAAGGCCAAGUCACAGACCCCAGGGGCAUCCCUCUGCCUGCACAGUAGCUCUCCUCACUUCUUCAGCAGGAUUGCACAAUUAUGGUCACUUUCCCAUGAUUCCCAGGUUUACAAAGACUUUCCUGGAAUCCGUAUGGAAUAAUCAGAAAAUCUGGUAAUUUUCUAAAUGGGAUUUAUGGUUAACCUGGGUAUUUUGCCAAAGUUACUGGAAUUUUGCAACCCUACUUACCAUGCAGCUGCACUGAGUGAUACCCACCAGCAAGGACCCAGCUUCCAGAAACAGGAAAAAGCCACCAGUUUGAAUGACAGACGGACUCAUAAAGGGGUGCAUAUUUUGUGAAGAAAGACUGUAUUGAAUGAAAGCCCUCUACUCACCUGUUUUCUUACAGUAUCUUUUAUUCAGAUCAAACUGUCUGCCCUAUCUCCAGAAGUAUAUGGAUGUGUUUUCACUUGGCCUCAAACUAUUAGUUCUAUAUUGUUUCUCAAGGACAUUUGGAGUCUUCACUAAGUGUUCUGAAAUUGAAGUACACGGCACAAUAAAAUGUUAAACCUUGACAUACAUGA